AUGAAUAGUGACGUCAGCGCGUUGAACCAGAAACACGUGAUUUUACUGAGCAGGAGCAGGGGGGGAGGGGGGGGGGAGAAGGGAGGAAAGCAGGGAGAGGAGGAGAAGGAGGAGCAGGAGAAGGAGAAGGAGGAGGAGAAAGAACAGGAGGAGAAGGAGAAGGAGGAGGAAAAGGAGGAGGAGAAGGAGGAGCAGGAGAAGGAGAAGGAGGAGGAGAAAGAACAGGAGGAGAAGGAGAAGGAGGAGGAAAAGGAGGAGGAGAAGGAGGACCCUCUCACGGCGCAUUAA